AUGCUUUCUAGCGGAGCGUAUAUUGAACCACCGCGACGUGAAUGGCGUCCGGACGAGUUACCUCGUCCGCUGGGGUGCCAUCCACCGGCGUGGGACAGCUGGGAGCCUCGUGCCCAGCUGAUCGUUAAUGAUCUGGGUCUCGUUAAGCAGUAUGACGAGACCCACCCGCUGCGUUCGAAGAAGGGCCGUCGGAACACGACCUACCCGAACGUGAGUACAGAGAUUGCAAGGUGUCAAUCCCUUCGGCCAUCUCAGUAG